AUGAUAUUUUUUUUCAAAAGGGCCAUUUGGAGCACCCCCGACAGAUCCCUGUUUCUUAUGCAUUCGAGAAACUUUUUCCUCAGCAAAGGAAAAUUGGCCCCAAAGGUGAAGCCAGGAAAAAAGGGACAAGAUAAAAAAGAUGCUGGGAGUGGAGUAAACAUGGACAGCAGUGAAAAACAGAAGGUUCAUAUUUUUAACAUAUACAAUACAGUUGACAAAGAUCAUGAUAUUUUACCUGACGAUGCCUAUCCCAAGUGGUUGUGGAAGUUGGAAAAGCCGAUGAAAAGCUAUGGGGAGUUAGCACUAAUGUUUUUAUAUGGAAAGAAUGUUGAAAGUGCCACGGCAGAGGAUUAUCACCGCUUUCGCAGGUUGCACAAUAAGAACAUAAUCAAACUGAACAACAUGAGGUUAAAAAAGUCUAAGCGAUCAACAGUUAAGCCAAUUUUUUGGGACCUAUAG